CGCGCGAGGGCUUCUGGGAGUUGUAGUUUAACAUAUUCAAACAGCCAGGAAUUCUGGAGAGGAAAAAUUGGGUAAUAAAUUUUAUCAGAUUAUUUGGGUUGUCCUGAUAUGGAUCUUAUGAGAUUUUUUUUUCUCAGGCCCAGGACAGCCGUACCUCUGUGGUUCAAAACACCCAAAGCCGAGAUUCAGAGGUACUACAAAUCCCAUAAAGUGUUGCACGUCUAGGGCCUUUGGAGAACGAGGUCGGCCCCGGCGCAGGCGCGGUGGCGCGAGUUGGACCGUGAAAAAAGAAACAUGGCGGCCGCGGCGUUUACUUCGAAAUUGUACUCCUUGCUGUUUCGCAGGACCUCCACCUUCGCCCUCACCAUCGUCGUGGGCGUCGUAUUCUUCGAGCGCGCCUUCGAUCAAGGCGCGGACGCGAUCUACGACCACAUCAACGAGGGGAAACUGUGGAAACACAUCAAGCACAAGUAUGAGAAGUAGUAGUUCCCUGGAGGCCCCCAUCGAGGCCAGAAGGACCAGGUCCACCCAGCAGCUGUUUGCCCAGAGCUGGAGGCUGAGCUUGAAGAUGAUGCUCAAGUUACUCUUCAUGGACCACCGUUCGCUGUUGGCAAGAAACGGCUUUACUUACAAAAGACUCUUUACCUUCUGCUGUGUUUGAAGUAUGUUUAGUCAGCAUGCUCAGGAAAUAAAUCUGAAUUGCCCUUGA